AUGGCGUCCCUAACGACCAGGGCCGAUCAGGUCGUCGACCGCUCCGUCCUUGAGUCGAUGCUCCGCCGACGAGCCUUUUAUUUCCCAUCAUUUGAAGCGUACAACGGCGUUGCUGGUCUCUUUGAUUAUGGUCCGCCCGGUUGCGCGCUGCAGGCAAACAUUGUCGAUGCCUGGCGCAAGCAUUUCGUCCUAGAGGAAGACAUGCUCGAGGUCGACACGACUAUGCUGACGCCGCACGAGGUGCUCCAGACUAGUGGCCAUGUCGAGAAAUUUGCGGAUUGGAUGUGCAAGGACCCCAAGACAGGCGAGAUUUUCCGAGCAGACCACCUGGUCGAGGCUGUGCUUGAAGCUCGUCUCAACGCAGACAAACAGGCGCGCGGCGAGAAGGUCGUGGUGAACGAGGAGGAAGAUGCGAAGAAGAAGAAAAAGAAGGUCAAGGAUGUCAAGCUCGUCAAGCUGGACGAUGCCGUCGUGCAAGAGUACGAGGAGAUUCUGGCCAAAAUCGACAACUACGAUGGUGAUGGACUGGCCGAGCUGAUCACCAAGUAUGAAAUUCGCAAUCCCACCACCGGCGGUCCUCUCAACCCUCCCGUGGCUUUCAACCUGAUGUUCCAGACAUCCAUUGGACCCAGCAGCAACUUGCUAGGCUACCUCAGACCAGAGACCGCCCAGGGCCAGUUCCUUGCUUUCCAGAAAUUGCUUGACUUCAACCAGAACCAAAUGCCCUUUGCAUCUGCGUCGAUUGGCAAAUCCUUCCGCAAUGAAAUCUCGCCUCGUGCCGGACUAUUGCGUGUGAGAGAGUUCCUGAUGGCUGAGAUUGAACACUAUGUCGACCCUGAUGGCGGCAAGAAACACCCUCGGUUCGACGAGAUCAAGGACGUUGAACUGUCGCUGCUGAACCGAGAAGUCCAGCUUUCCGGCAGCACGCUGACUGAACGCGUGACCGUCGGUCAGGCCGUGUCUACUCGUCUGGUGGACAACGAAACCCUCGGCUACUUCCUCGCCCGCAUUCAACAAUUCCUGCUCAAGAUCGGAAUUGACCCUAAAAAGCUUCGAUUCCGUCAACACAUGGCCAACGAAAUGGCGCACUAUGCUGCUGACUGCUGGGAUGCCGAGCUUCAGUCUAGUUACGGCUGGGUUGAAUGUGUUGGAUGUGCUGACCGCAGCGCAUACGACUUGACUGUGCACAAGGAAAAGACCGGUGCUCCGCUGUUUGUGCGUGAAGCUCUCGCUGAGCCUAGGAAGUUUGAGGAGUGGGACGUCGACAUUGCAAAGUCCAAGUUCGGCCCUCGCUUCAAGAAAGACGCCAAGAAGGUAGAGCUCGCCAUCAACGCCCUUUCGGAAGACCUUCGCGAGAAACUCUCCCUCGACUUGGCCAAGGACGGCAAGAUCGAGAUUGAUGUUGAGGGUGUUGAAAAUGGCAAGGUGGAGCUGGACAAGGAUCUCAUUGCUAUUGAGAAGCGGUCCAAGGUUGAGCACAUUCGUGAAUACACGCCGAAUGUGAUUGAGCCAUCCUUUGGUAUUGGACGAAUUCUCUACAGUCUGUUUGAGCACUCUUACUGGCACCGGGAUGGAGAUGAAGCUCGUGGUGUCCUUUCUUUCCCUCCCGUGAUUGCACCCACAAAGGUGCUCCUGGUCCCCCUUUCCAACCACGACUCAUUCACCCCAUUCAUCAAAAGACUGGGCCAGAAACUCCGCCGCGCUGGUAUUUCUAACAAGGUCGACGACUCGUCAAGCAGCAUUGGCAAGCGCUACUCGCGCAACGACGAGCUCGGCACCCCCUUUGGCAUCACAAUCGACUUCCAGUCGGUCAAGGACAACACAUUCACGCUACGCGACCGCGACUCUACGAAGCAGGUACGCGCGAGCGAAGACGAGAUUCUGGCGGCGGUCAAGUCGGUUGUGGAUGGAGAGGAGACGUGGCAGGAUGUGCAGAAGCGGCUCCCAGAGUUUACUUCGCAAGAGACGGAUCUACUCAGGAUCUACGUGGGCACCAUGGCGCCGUCGAUCCCCUCCGCUAAAAUCACACUCUCGUGUCCCCUUUUCGCCGCCGACUUUGAUCCUCGCAAUCAUGGCCUGCUGCUUGUCGGCGGCGGCGGCGGUGAAGGGCGCAGCGGGGUGGGAAAUAAGAUCGCCCUGUUGAACACCUCGAAACGAUACGAAAUUUCCGAAAUCGUCAACGUCGAACUCUCGCGCGAUGAGGAUUCAGUGACGUCCCUGGCAGUCGCUCAAUCGGCUGACGAGUCGAUGGUUGCGCUUGCGGGCAUCAACAGUUCUCAGGCUGAACAGCAAAAAGGGAAUAACCAGCAUUUGCGAUCAUUCGAGCUCGAAUACCCGCCGCGAAAGACGAACGAGAGUAGUCAGGAUGCAGAGCCGGAGGUGAAAGAAGAAGAAAAAAGCAAAAAGAAAAAGAAAGAAAAGACAGAGACGGAGAAGGAGAAAAAGACCAAGGCUCUCUCACAAGCUUCCCUGUUUAGAACGAAUUUGGGCGGCGGCAACAAACUGAAGCCCGGCGAGAAAGUCGAUACAUACCAGAGAAUACUAAGGUUGUCGCCUUAUCGAGACGCAGAAUCGCCUCGUAUCGGCGUCCUCGCGACUGGCCUGGCUCCCUCUGGCGAGGUUGUUUUGUUUAAUGUUACCACGUCUCCGCAACCGACAGACGUUAUUGGGCGAAUCCGCCUCGCGGCAGACGAAGAAGCAGAAGACCUUGAUAUAAUCGAGACGGAUGAUGGGAACUUUCUUGUAGCGUACACCAAUGGCACCGAUGUACACACUUUCAAGGUGUCUGCCUCGUCGCGCAAAUCAGAUGCUUCUCCAGAGGUCAAGUCGGUCUUUUCCAUCCCAAGAACCUCGUCCGCCAAACCACCCAAGUUCCGCGCGCUUCGGUUUGUCUCGCCCGAUACCUUGUUACUUCUCCAAAACGCCGCAGACCGCUCCGGCAGCGAGUUGGUCCUAUUAAACCUACCUUCCUCUUCCCAGUCAACUGGAAAAAUCAUCCGCCGGAAAAGGCUUCGCAGAUCCAUCAAAAUCGGUCUAGGUCUAGACGUGGUCAGUCUCGGCGCGAGCACAGACAAUGGUGACCAACAACAUCUCAUCGCGGUGGCCGGUAGCGACCAGUCCAUUGAAAUCCUCACCCUCGAUUAUACAGGGUCUACAAAGGCAUACGGGAAAUUGGCAGGCUACACAACCCUCAGCCAAGUACAUCCCUUCUCCAUGACGAAAAUCUGUUUUUCGCCGUACCGACCCCCACCGCUCCCUGUCACGGCGACCACGCCUCCCCAAUAUGUCAAGUUAGUCUCGAUUAGCUUGGGAAAUACCGUCGUCGUGCAAACCUUCCCACUCUCCCCAUUCCCCCGCGGCGGCACUCCGACGCCACGGUACGUGCUCAAAACACCUGGGAACCCGGACUUUUGGGAGACGGCAUUUAGCUGCCUUGUGGCCAUUGUGGUCAUUGCAAUCAGUUGUCUGUUUCUGCAGGCCUUUACCGAAAUCAGAGGUGGCACGCCGCCAUACCUUGGUGCCACUGAGUGGCUGCCCACGGGCCUGCGGAACAGGAUCGCGCGGCCGUAUAUGUUUGAUGAGAAUAACCGACCGCUGGACUGGGCUGUUUCUUCUCCUUCUGCUUCUACGAGUGCAACCGGAUCGUCGGUGCCCCAGGCGCAGAUCUCGUCAAUAGUCACGGACGAGUCAGCCCUCGGCGAUCUAUUCAAGGCCAGAAAAGAGAAAACAUCACCCAAUGAACAAGGAGAAGAACAAAAUACCCAUCUCAUAAUCCAACACGACCCCACCGAAAACUCCCUCUCCGCGCAGGAAAUCAACCCUGAUCACUACGACGAAGAAUCCAUAUCCACCAGGCACAACGCUCGCAAAUGGGAAGACUUGGCUCCCGAAGAGCAGGAUCGAUGGAAACACGUCUUGUCCGAGGCGGGCCAUUGGGCUGUUGAUGAAGGGGAGCAGGUCCUAAAGGGUAUAUUUUUUGGGCAGUUGGGUGGUAUUGUCGGUGCUGCUGUUGGAGGUUAA